UCUCAACUCUGACACUACUAUCGUUGGAUGUGCAUCGGCCGGACGCCGCUCGCUUACAAUAUGCUAUUUUAUAUCAUUGUCUUGUGUUUAGUGUGCAGUGGAACAUCUUUGAAAAGAGGCGAUGUGUGUUCAGUCGGAGGCAAAAAUGGUGUUUGCAAACUUUAUGACGAGUGCGAGUAUUCCAAGUUAGUGGUGAAUGUAAACGAAAUGAAACCGACGCUUUGCGGCUAUGAAGGGAAAAGAAGAGUUCAGAUAGCUUGCUGUCCCAAAACUGACUCGUAUCCAGACACUGGGCCAUUGCGGAAAUACUUUCAGGCUACCGACGACGGUAUUAUGAGAUGGCGUGACAUGACGUGUAUGUACGACGGAACGUUACCGAUGGUGUGCUGCAAAGAUACUGUCGAUCAACAGAAUAUAGAGAGCAGAGUGGUAGAGGAGCCCGACAACUGCCCAAAAUUUCCUAACGUCAAAAUGAAUCCUAAUAUUGAACUCAGCGUAGCAGAAAGCAUUGCAUUUGAGAAAUGCCUGAGCUACCGACAGUACUCGAACAAGUGCGUUGCUUCUGACGGCGACCCCGACUCGUUCACCAGAGCCAACACGUGCAACGUCUACGUGGACCGCAUCUCGGGCGGCAGGGAGGCCAAGCUGAAGGAAUUUCCACACAUGGCCGUCAUCGGUUGCUUGAACGGCGCUCCGAACGCGGACGCUGAAAUCGUGUGGAUCGGCGGCGGAGCCCUCAUCAGUGACAAGUUUAUCCUGACCGCAGGACAUGCGUUAUUCGAUCUAGACCAUAAGCGCGUGAAAUACGCACUUCUGGGCAGCCUGAACAAGCGCAACAUACGCGAGGGGGUGCUGUACAACAUCAUCCAGAGAAUACCGUACGACACGUACGACUCCAGCACCAAGGCCAACGACAUCGCGCUGCUCAAGCUGGACCGACGCGUGAAACUGUCAGAGUUCAUUCGUCCCGCGUGUCUGCCCGUGCGGGGCGUCGCGACGCACCCGGACUACGUCAUCGCCGGGUGGGGGCAAACCACUGACAAGGGCAACACUUCCGAUGUCCUGAUGAUGAUUGAAGCAGUCUCAAAAGAUGAACAGUUGUGCAUAGCGAAGUUUAAUCAGAAAAAUUUCCGUUGGAACUCAGAAAGAAUGUUAUGCGUUUCUGGAAAGUCCGAGACGCAAGAUUCUUGCAGGGGAGACAGCGGCGGGCCCCUGAUGGCGGAGGUCCAAGACUCGGCGCUGCCUUGCACGUACUUCGUGGCGGGGGUGGUGUCGUUCGGGCCGGAGUGCGGGCAGGGCGCGCCCGGCGUCUACACCAACGUCGCGCCCUACCUCGACUGGAUCGUCCGCAACGUGUGGCCCGAGGAGUUCAGACGACGCGCUUGAAUAUACCUUGUGAAUUGA